AUGUCGUCCAUUUCAUGGAUUUUGGAAGAGACCACAUUACCAAAACUCGGCUUUCUCGGCCAAGGCAACCAUGGCUACAUCUCUCUGGUCCGAACCCCCGAUGGUCUACUCAUGGCUAAGAAAACAUCUUACCGCAAAUACUCAGAGAAUCUCGAGAAAGAAUCAAGGAUCUUGAAUCACUUCAACUCCAUCCAUUUCAACAUCGUAAGACCCACAAGCCCUAUUGUUUACGACGAAACCAUGCCACUCAACGUCAAGGUCUCUUCCGUUUACAUGGAACUCGCGCCACAUGGUUCACUCCUAGACAUGAUAGCCAAAGCCGGUGAGAUUUUGCCGGAGAAAGUGGCUGGUUAUUGCAUUCUCCAGGUUCUUGAAGGGCUUAGGGAUCUUCACAGGGACGGUUACGUUCAUUGUGAUCUCAAGGCAGAGAACAUACUUAUCUUCCCAAGCUACACUCAUGGAGAGCUUUGUGAUCUCAAGCUUGCUGAUUUCAGUUUAGCUAAGGAACCUAAUGGACCUAAUCCAGUGGAGCCUCUGUUCGAGGGAGAACCGGAAUAUUUGGCUCCAGAGGCGGUGGGGCCACGUGGAAUGAUCUCAUCUGCGGUUGAUAUUUGGUCUUUAGGUGUUAUGGUAAUGCAGAUGUUGGGGGCUAUCAUUACAGAAGGAGAUAGGAGGACUUACUUCACGGGGAGGCUAUCGCCAAUGGUUAAGGACUUUUUGAGGAGAUGCAUAGUUCAUAAUCCGGUGGCUAGAGCCACCGCGGAGGAGCUGAUGAGCCAUCCUUUUGUUAGACAGAGUAUUGGGGUUCCACCGCUUGAGAUGCUUCCAGUGCCGUCUUGCUUAAGCAAUGGAGGGGUUCAAGGAAGAUUUUUUUAG